CAGGUUUCCCAGCUCUUCCUCAGUCACACCCCCGGUUCCCUUGUCCGUACACCUUGUCCGCCAUGGCGUCUGGGCGUAAGGACUUUUUGAGCCAAGCGGCUCCCGAGAACUAUGUCGCCGGUCUUGGUCGCGGUGCCACUGGCUUCACCACCCGUUCAGAUCUCGGACCCGCGCGAGAAGGCCCCACGCCAGAACAGAUCCAGGCAGCACUGGCGAAGCGAGCCCAGCUGCUUGGAGCUGCUCCUCCCACAGCUUAUGGCGCAGGGCGAGAGAAGGGUGGUAAAGAUGAGAAGGCGGAUGAAGAGGAAGAUGACGAGCGAUUUCAAGACCCGGACAAUGAAGUCGGGCUAUUCGCAUAUGGUCAGUUCGACCAAGAGGAUGAUGAGGCGGACCGCAUCUACAGAGAGGUGGAUGAAAAGAUGGACAAGCGCCGGAAGAUGAGAAGGGAAGCUCGCGAACAGCAAGAACGAGAAGACUACGAACGCAAGAACCCUAAGAUUCAGCAGCAAUUUGCAGAUCUAAAACGAUCCUUAGCCUCUGUCUCCGAGGACGAGUGGGCAAACCUCCCGGAGGUGGGAGAUCUCACCGGAAAGAACCGACGCGCAAAGCAGAACCUUCGGCAGAGAUUCUACGCAGUACCGGACAGUGUGAUCGCGAGCGCAAGAGACUCGACCCAGUUUGAGACAACGAUUGCAGAGGACGGGACCCAGACCGCAGCCAAUGGAGCGGAGGCAGCUGAUGGGACAAUCACCAAUUUUGCAGACAUCAGUGCUGCACGUGAUAAAGUCUUGAAAGUUAGGCUCGACCAAGCGGCGAUGGGAUCAUCUGGGGAUUCUGCGUCUGGAAGCGCUACCAACAUCGAUCCAAAGGGCUACCUUACAAGUCUCACGCAGUCUGAGCUGAAAGCUGGAGAAGUAGAAAUUGGAGACAUUAAGCGGGUCCGCGUUUUGUUGGAAUCUGUAACGAAAACGAAUCCCAAGCAUGCGCCGGGAUGGAUUGCGCUGGCGCGUCUAGAAGAAUUAGCCGGUAAAAUCGUGACUGCCAGGAAUGUAAUCGCCAAGGGUUGCGAGUUGUGCCCGAAAAGUGAAGAUGCCUGGCUUGAAAACAUUCGCCUUAACGAGGGCCAUAAUGCCAAGGUGAUUGCGGCUAAUGCCAUCAAGAACAAUGACCGUUCUACAAGACUAUGGAUCGAAGCCAUGCGAUUGGAGACAGAGCCUCGUGCGAAGAAGAACGUUCUUAGACAGGCGAUCCUUCACAUACCUCAGUCUGUUACGAUCUGGAAAGAAGCCGUCAACCUGGAGGACGACCCUGCCGAUGCACGUCUGCUUCUGGCGAAGGCAGUUGAGAUGAUCCCCCUUUCCGUUGAGCUCUGGCUGGCUCUGGCUCGCCUAGAAUCACCGGAGAAUGCACAGAAGGUUCUCAAUGCCGCCCGCAAAGCGGUUCCCACAAGCCACGAAGUCUGGGUCGCUGCUGCCCGCCUGCAGGAGCAGAUGGGUACGUUCGAGAAGGUGAAUGUGAUGAAGAGAGCUGUCCAAGCCCUCGCGAGAGAAAACGCCAUGCUCAAACGGGAGGAGUGGGUAGCGGAGGCUGAGAAGUGCGAAGAGGAAGGUGCUAUUCUCACCUGUGGCGCCAUCAUUCGUGAGACACUCGGAUGGGGCUUGGAUGAGGAUGACGAUCGCAAGGACAUCUGGAUGGAUGACGCAAAGGCUAGUAUUGCCAGGGGGAAGUACGAAACUGCCAGGGCUAUCUAUGCCUACGCGCUGCGUGUUUUCGUCAACCGUCGUUCAAUCUGGAUUGCGGCAGCCGAGUUGGAGCGCAACCACGGUAGUAAAGAAGCGCUGUGGCAAGUCCUUGAAAAGGCCGUUGAGGCGUGCCCGCAAAGUGAGGAACUAUGGCUGCAGCUUGCGAAAGAAAAGUGGCAGUCCGGCGAGAUCGACGAUGCCCGGAGAGUGCUCGGCCGUGCCUUCAACCAGAACCCCAACAACGAGGAUAUCUGGCUGGCUGCUGUCAAGCUGGAGGCCGAUGCCAACCAAACAUCCGAAGCCAGAGAACUUCUUGCAACUGCUCGACGCGAAGCGGGUACGGACCGCGUUUGGAUAAAGAGCGUCGCGUUCGAGCGACAGCUCGGCAACAUCGACGAGGCGCUCGAUCUGGUGAACCAAGGACUUCAAAUCUAUCCCAAGGCGGACAAACUCUGGAUGAUGAAGGGACAGAUCUACGAAGCCCAGAACAAAUACCCACAGGCUCGGGAAGCUUACGGGACCGGAACCAGAGCCUGCAACAAGUCCAUCCCACUCUGGCUGUUGGCCUCAAGACUUGAAGAAAAGGCCGGUGCGGUCGUAAAGGCUCGUUCAGUGCUCGACCGUGCCCGGCUUGCGGUCCCCAAGAGUCCAGAGCUCUGGACCGAAAGUGUGCGCGUAGAGCGGCGAGCAAACAACAUUGCCCAGGCCAAGGUCCUAAUGGCCAAGGCACUGCAAGAAGUCCCUACCUCCGGAUUACUAUGGAGCGAAAGCAUUUGGCACCUGGAGCCGCGCGCGCAACGGAAAGCUCGGAGUCUGGAAGCGAUCAAGAAGGCUGAUAACGAUCCGAUUCUCUUUAUUACCGUGGCGCGGAUUUUCUGGGGCGAGCGCCGAUUGGAAAAAGCACUCACCUGGUUCGAGAAAGCCAUUGUCUCGGAUAGUGAUAUGGGCGACGCAUGGGCUUGGUACUACAAAUUCUUGUUGCAGCAUGGCACAGAGGAAAAACGCGCCGAUGUAAUAUCCAAGUGUAUUUCGACCGAGCCCAAGCACGGAGAAAUCUGGCAAUCCGUGGCCAAAGACCCCGCCAACGCGCUCAAGUCGACAGAAGAGAUUUUGAAGAUGGUUGCAGACCGUCUGACCUAAUUGAUUUCAUGAUGCCUUGCUUUCUUGACCUCGCAUGUUCAUCAUUCCUUACGAUAUCCAGUUCAUUGCCCUAGAGGAUACGUUGGCGUUUCCGGCGAAGUGAAACAGGGUUCACCAGCCAACCGCUCUCCGCUUGGUUGGUUUGGCUACAUCUUUACAAAACGAUUACCACUAUAAGGAGAAACCCCUGAAAAAUGCAUACAGGUAAUAUCGGCCUAAUUAGCCUUUGCAUUAAGAGCGGUGCAGUUGCAGAUUAAACCAACCAUACAACCAAGUGGUCCUGUGCGCGGUGCGGGUGCUGAGACAUUUCUCUU